AUGUUUCAAAAUGUAGAUGAAUAUUACAAUGAGACGACAACUACGGAAUCUCCAACAAUAGAAUAUACGACCACUAUAGAGAAUUCAUCGUCGUUACUACCCACUGUAAUUACUACAAUCACAAUUUCAACUGUGUCGCCACCUAAUACUACAAUACCUCCAACUACAUAUUUGCCUUCGUCAUCAGAUACUACAAUAACUCCAAGUACACCUUCGCCAGAAACUACAAUACCUCCAACUACAUAUUUGCCUUCGUCAUCUGAUACUACAAUAUCUCCAAGUACAUCUUCACCAGAAACUACAAUACCUCCAACUACAUAUUUGCCUUCGUCAUCAGAUACUACAAUAACUCCAAGUACACCUUCGCCAGAAACUACAAUACCUCCAACUACAUAUUUGCCUUCGUCAUCAGAUACUACAAUAACUCCAAGUACACCUUCGUCAGAAACUACAAUACCUCCAACUACAUAUUUGCCUUCGUCAUCUGAUACUACAAUAUCUCCAAGUACAUCUUCACCAGAAACUACAAUACCUCCAACUACAUAUUUGCCUUCGUCAUCUGAUACUACAAUAACUCCAAGUACACCUUCGCCAGAAACUACAAUACCUCCAACUACAUAUUUGCCUUCGUCAUCAGAUACUACAAUAACUCCAAGUACACCUUCGCCAGAAACUACAAUACCUCCAACUACAUAUUUGCCUUCGUCAUCUGAUACUACAAUAACUCCAAGUACACCUUCGCCAGAAACUACAAUACCUCCAACUACAUAUUUGCCUUCGUCAUCUGAUACUACAAUAUCUCCAAGUACAUCUUCACCAGAAACUACAAUACCUCCAACUACAUAUUUGCCUUCGUCAUCAGAUACUACAAUAACUCCAAGUACACCUUCGCCAGAAACUACAAUACCUCCAACUACAUAUUUGCCUUCGUCAUCAGAUACUACAAUAACUCCAAGUACACCUUCGUCAGAAACUACAAUACCUCCAACUACAUAUUUGCCUUCGUCAUCUGAUACUACAAUAUCUCCAAGUACAUCUUCACCAGAAACUACAAUACCUCCAACUACAUAUUUGCCUUCGUCAUCUGAUACUACAAUAUCUCCAAGUACAUCUUCACCAGAAACUACAAUACCUCCAACUACAUAUUUGCCUUCGUCAUCUGAUACUACAAUAUCUCCAAGUACAUCUUCACCAGAAACUACAAUACCUCCAACUACAUAUUUGCCUUCGUCACCUAAUACUACAAUAUCUUCAAGUACACCUGUGCCAGAAACUACUGAAGCUUCGAUCACACAUCCACCUUCGUCACCUAAUACUACAAUAUCUUCAAGUACACCUGUGCCAGAAACUACUGAAGCUUCGAUCACACAUCCACCUUCGUCACCUAAUACUACAAUACCUUCAAGUACACCUGUGCCAGAGACUACUGAAGCCGCGACUACACAUCCACCUCCGUCCCCUUAUACUACAAUAUCUCCAAGUACAUCUGUGCCAGAAACUACAACAAGAGCUCCAAGUUCACCGUCAAUUUCUACUCCAAGCUCACCUACGAAAAAACCAGAAAUAGUAUUAUGCCACGAAUUUAUAUUUGGUCAUUAUUACUGUAAUACUCCAUAUGCUAUAUAUAUAGUGAAAUCAAUCAAAGGUUUUCUAGGUAUGUAA